AUGCUGUCUCGUGGCCAGACAAACUUGCUUGGAGGUGUGCUGAAAUGCAUCUGUGGUUUUCACACUCCAAAGCCAACUGCCAGCCCUACUGGACCAGCACAAAGGGUGGUGGAACAACCUGCUGCUGCUGCUGGAACAGCAAAGAAGGCCAUGGAGCAGAGUCAGCCGGACCCCCAGCCCCAGCCUACUGCUCCUGUGGCAGCAAGAGUUGCAGCACAAUUGUCAAUGUAUACCAAACCAAGAUUUACCGGCUCUCACAUUGCUGCAGCAAAACCGAAUCUUAAUGUGGCCAGGAGACCUUCCCAGGUUGAAGACCAGCCCAGCGCAGCAGUGUCUAGUGCCUCUAUACCAAGCACCACUGUCUCUACACCAGAUGCUCAAGUUCCAGCCCCUGUCCCCAGAGCCACUGCAGAUGUGUCCAGUCCCGCUCAGCCAUGCAGUAUUGUCUCCACAGCUCAUUCUGGGGCAUUAUUGCAAGGUCCAUCUGUAGUUCCGCUUCCUCGUUUGUGGUCGGAGACCUUGCCACCAGAGGAUCACAAGUGGAUUGGCAAAAGGCUUUUCAAAAUGGGAUCCAAGGGAAAGCCAGGGCUUCGUGAUAACCUCCAGCUCUGGUAUUACCCACCACAGCCAGCACUUAUUUACAAUCAGGCUCCAGCUCCAGACAGAUUCUUUUGUCAUUCUUUUCUGCUGUGGAUGCCGUACAAGCUGUGGAGGGUUAAGGUUCUCUGUCCCAAUCCUGCCUGUGGACAACAUCAGCUGACAGGAGGUGGUCUGCACAAAAGGUCACGGCAGGUUCUAGACAUUGACAGAACGUACAACAUGGUCACAGAAACCCUCAUCUGUACCAAGUGUAGAGCCUCGCAUGUGUCCUGGAGUCAGACUGUCCUGCAGCAGCUAGAUCUGGGCCAUCGCUCUGAGUUUCAGGUCAUCCUCACGCGGAAGUACGCCUGUGAUAUGCGGGUCAUCCGGCUCCUGCGUGAGCGUGGCUUAGGCAACAGCCCCACGCGGGUGAUCAAGCAGCUGCGUGAAAACCACAGCGAGCAGUGGCUCCAUCGUCUGGCCCGGUACACCACCCAAUGCGUUGACUUCCUCAAUCAACCCGGGGUGAUGCCAGUAAAAUUCCAGGAGCCCCCAGAGCCUACAGUGGUGCCAAGCUGCAAGUGGCUGCUCACCGUUUACAGCCAAGACAUCCUGAGAACGGGCUAG